AUGUCCAUAUCCGGGUCCACCGCUGCGUCUGAACCCCCAGCAGGGCACCCUUCGACUCCGACCGCUGCGUCGUCUGUCAAAACGCUCUCUGUUGAGCCCUCGGACUCCCAUGUACAAUUCACGAAGGAUUUCGGCUUUCUACCCAUCCCACGUCGCUUGCGCUAUGAGCCCGAACAUUCUAUACAUUUUGGGCUCCUUUUGAACGCGACGUUUGGCCUAGGGGGCACAUUUCUCCAACUUUCGGAUUCGUUCAAUGUCACAUACGACGACGUCUCGCGAAUUCCAACCUUGAUUCAGGCUGGCUACGCCGUCGGCAUGCUCACGAUAUCCAUCCUAGGCGACCUAGUGCGCCGACGGCCUCUCUUGCUACUGCUUGUCGUCAUAUCCGCUUCGCUGACUAUCGGACUCGCGUUCACUAAGAGCUUGAUCACGUUUGAGGUGCUCAGCUUCUUCAUCGGCGCUGCCAGCAUUACGCCACAAAUCCUCGUAUCGCUCGCCGCAGAUCUCGCGCCGCCCGAACGGCGCGCGUCUGCGCUCUCAAUCGUCCUCUCGGGUUUGCUCUUCGGUGUACUCCUCGCUCGGGUCAUCGCGGGAAUCAUCACCCAGUCCGUGUCGUGGCGCGUAGUAUAUUAUUUGGCCAUAGGCCUACAAUUCGGCGUAGCGCUCCUGCUCUACCUUGUGCUGCCAGACUAUCCUGCUCACAACAAGGGUGCGACAUACUUCGGCAUCCUUUUCAGCCUGGCCAGGUUCCUAAUCACAGAGCCACUGCUCGUGCAGGCGACGAUCAUUAACUUCCUAGCGAGUGCGUGCUUCAGCAAUUUCUGGGUCACGCUGACGUUCCUCCUUGGCGGACCACCAUACAACUACUCCACACUCGUCAUCGGCCUCUUCGGGUUGGUGGGCAUGUUCGGUGUUGCGAUGGCACCGGUCAUCGGGUGGCUCAUCGACGGGCUGAUCGCGUGGUUCGCCGCAGGCAUUGCAGUGCUCGCAUUUCUUGUUUUCCAGGCCAUCGCCGUCGGCGCAGACGGCGUGAACAUUGCUGCUAUCGUCAUUGUCUGCUUCGGGAUCGACGUCUUCCGCCAGAUGAUCCAAGUCUCGCUUAUGAGCGCCGUCUUCGGGCUCGACGUCAAUGCGCGAUCACGGCUAAAUGCCAUUCUCAUCAUCGCGUACCUUCUCGGCAUGGUGAUGGGCACCUCGGUGGGUACACGGGUGUUCGAUGAGUACGGAUGGCGGCCGUCCGCCGCGCUCUCGCUCGGGUGGACGGGGCUCAUGCUCUUCGUGAUGCUCCUCCGUGGCCCUCAUGUCCCGCGACGCACGUGGUUCGGGUACAUGGGCGGUAUCGAGAUCCGCAAAAAGAAGCUCGCUGUGCGUGCACACCGUGCGGAGGAGGGCGCCGCCACGAGUGAGGCCGUGCUACGCGAAGAGAUGCAAGAAAAGGGCAGCUCUCGUAUGAGUAUCGAGAGCGAGGGCGAGGUGACGGAGAAGGUGCGAAUGGCAGAAGGGUGUAUGGGGAGUGAGGUAAUUCAGAGCGACAAUGACUCCGCACAGAUGGUGUAG